GGUCACUCUCACACGGGGCCGCUCUUGCGUGUAGCCGCCGCCGCCCGCGGCCGCGGCGGCGCCAGCGCUCGCCGCCAUGGCUGCGGCACCCGCGCCCCUCCUGAGCGGGCCGGUGGCCUGCCGGGCCGCCGGCGUCGGCGGCGGGCGCGGCGUCUUCUGCACGCGCCGCGUGGCCGCAGGAGGCGUGGUGAUGGCGGAGGAGCCGCUCCUGCAGGUGCCCGCGGGCGCGGUGCUGCCCGGGGAGGCGCCGCACGCGGCGGUGGCCCGGGCGGUGCUGCAGUCGGCGCGGCGGGAUGAGCUGCUUGGCAGGCUCGGGCUGCUGCACCCGCGGGCGCUCGCGGAGCUGCCCCCGGAGGCGCUGGCGGCCGCGCGGGAGAUGCAGGGCGAGGCCGCGAGGCGGCUGGCCGCCGCGGCCUGCCCGCCGCUCGCCGAGCAGGAUGCGCUCCUAUUGCUCAUCAAGAUGCAGAUGAACGCGUUCGAGAGCGGGGUGUACGUGGAACUGGCCAUGGUGAACCACGCCUGCUUUCCGAAUUGCAUCAAGUUCGGCCCUGGAGAGCGGUGCCACUCUGGGCAGAAAGGGGCCACCUGGUCGCGCGCGUCGGAGAUCGUCGCGGCAAGGGACAUCGAGGAGGGCGAGGAGAUCACGAUCUCCUUCCUCGGCCCGCAGGAGCGCUCCGCCGCCGCGCGGGCCAGGCUGUUCCGCCAGCAGCACCUCGUGGAGAUCGUGCAGCCCCCGGGCGCGCCCAGCUCCAUAGCCCUGGAGGCGAGGCCGGCGACGGUGCCAGCAUGCUGGAGGACCUGGAGGCGCAGCUCGACGGUCUGGGCGGCCCCUCCUCCCGACCAACCGCCGCCUCUGCGGAGCUCGCUGGCCUGCUGGCCCUCGAGCGCCGCGCGGCCGCGUGGCUGCACCCGCGGCACCUGGUGCUUUGCAGGCUGCGACGCGCCCUGGCGCGUGCGGCGCGCUCUGCGCUGGCGGCCGCCCCCGACGUGGAGGUGGCGCUCGCGCUGGUGCGCGCCUGCUGGGAGGUCCGCGAGACGCAGCUGCUGUUCCUGCCGCGCACGCACCUGGACGUCGCGGAGACCGCGGACGACCUCGCUGCGGGGCUGGCGGCGGCGCUGGCGGCGGACCGCGCCAGGCUGUUCGCGGAGUUCCCCGAGGCGUACGGGGACUUCACCGCCGCCUCCGCGGCUGAGGCGGCCUGCCGUCGGGAGGCCCUGGACAUCCCCCGCGGGGCUACGGGACCCGGUCGUCCGCGGCCCGACACCGUCCGCGCCCCCCGUGGCGGCGGCGGCGGCCGCGCCGCCCGCGGCGGCGACAGCGCCGCCGGCGGGGGCGGAGGACUGGUCCAUCUUCGACUGAG